AUGCCUAAACCUGCUACAAUGAUUCUUAGAAUACUACUGGACAAACACAACUUGCCCACCAUGAACGUAUUGUACUUGGUUGUACUGCAUAUGGUAAAGACUGAGGUUAGGACACUACUUGCAUCCAAUUUCUUAGUUCAGAUUUGUCAUUGUUUCCAAUGCUCAAGUGUAAACAAGAAUGACCAUGCAAAGCUGAUGCAACCAGAUACAAUGAUUUUUAACCUUGUCCUUGAUGCUUGUGUGAGGUUUAAAUUAUCAUUCAAAGGCCAACGAAUUAUGAUGCCUCAAACAGGAGUUGUUGCUGAUGCACACUCUAUUAUCAUUAUCGCCCAGAUCCAUGAGCUGAAUGGUCAGAGAGAUGAGAUAAAGAAAUUUAAAAGUCACAUUGAUCAAGUUUCAGCUCCGUUGAUGCGACAUUAUCGGCAGUUCUAUGAUAGUUUGUUGAGUUUACAUUUCAAGUUUAAUGACAUUGAGGCGGCUACUGAGCUUGUCUUACAAAUGUGUGACUACCAUGAGUCUCUUUCUAUUCAAAGAGAGAGAGAAAGAUUUCACAGAGGUCUUAUCUUGUUCCAAUUGGAUCUCAUAAUCUCAAGUCUGGGUUGA